AUGGAAAAAUAUGUUUUGCAGAUUUCACGAAAAGAAGCCACAGUGUGCGGACAAUUUAUAGCAUUUCAUACAGACUAUUCUAAUGGUACUGUGGCUGUCCGAGGAGACCGACAGCUAGAUGCUGAUUCUAUAGCCUACUGGGAAAUUAACGUCCCACAUCGAUUAUUUGGUACAUCAGUGAUGUUCGGUGUUGGCAGCAAAUUAGCAAAGUGUUCUUUGCGAUACCGCUUUACAAAUCUUCUUGGUAGCGAUGAACAUUCUUACGGCCUAUCAUAUAACGGGCAAAUUUAUCACAAUGGUAUUGGCGUACGGUUUUGCAAUGCAUUUCAAGACCCAUGUGUUUUAUCAGUGCUUUUCUACGGUCCCAGUGCUUCAAUUGCAUUCUUCCUAAAUGGAGCACCGUUGGGUUGGGCGUUUACACAGAUAAACCUUAACCAACCACUUUAUCCAAUGAUAUCCAGGUAG